AUGGCGGACAAGCUUGCCAAGCGUCUUGAUGGCUUCAAGCAGCACACGGUCUGGAACGAGUUUACCCCUUUGGCACUCGAGCACGAGGCUAUCAACUUGGGACAGGGAUUCCCCGACUGGCGCUGCGAGGAUUUUGUCAAACAGGCAGCCAAGGACGCGCUCGACGCGGAUUUCAACCAGUACGCGCGUCCCCAGGGCCAUAAGAAGCUCGUGGAGGGACUGGCUGCGAAAUACAGUAAGGAACUGAAGCGCGAGAUCAACUGGAGCAAUGAAGUUGCAGUGGGUGUCGGUGCCACGGAGACCAUCUACGCCGCUGUCAAUGCGUUCGUGCAGCCUGGAGAUGAGGUGAUCGUGUUUGAACCGGCCUUUGACAUUUACACUGCUCAGGUCCAGAUGGCUGGUGGUGUCUGUCGUCCUGUGCCCUUAAGAGUGAGCACAGACGAGCAGACAGGGGCCAAGGGCUUCUACAUUGACGAAGUGGCGCUGGCACGAAGCUUUUCAUCCAAGACCCGAGCCGUACUCCUAAACAACCCGCACAAUCCAACGGGAAAAGUGUUUACCAAGGACGAGCUCGAGCUUAUUGCCAAACAUGUGCGCAAGCAUCCGCGGGUGAUCAUCAUUUCGGACGAAGUGUAUGAGCACAUUGUGUUUGAUGGUCAGACGCACGUCCGGAUUGCCAAUAUGGACGGCAUGUGGGAGCGCACGCUGACAGUCUCGAGUGCUGGGAAGACCUUCUCGGUCACUGGCUGGAAAGUGGGAUGGGCCAUCGGACCGAGCAACUUGAUCAAGGGCAUUCACCUUGCUAACAACUGGAUCCAGUUCAGUGUCGUGACGCCAUUACAGGAAGCUGUUGCCAAUAUGCUGGAGCUCGCGGAAAAACCCUACAAGGGAUUUCCGACCUUCUAUGCUUUUCUUGCUGACCAGUACAAACAGAAGCGUGACCGACUUAGCUGCGCACUGUUAGAUGUGGGGAUUGUUCCGGUCACCGCCAAUGGUGGCAUCUUCCUGUACUCGGAUAUUUCGGCCGUAAAAGUUCCCGAAAGCUUCCUUGAACCAAAAUGGACGUCCGACUGGGCUUUCUGUCGGUGGCUUACGAUCACCAAGGGCGUCACAGCCAUCCCGUGCACUGCAUUUUUCUGCGCUGAUAACAAGGCGAGGGGCAGCCAGUGGGCGCGUUUUGCGUACUGCAAGACCGAUGAGGCCCUCGAAGAAGCGAUUUUUCGUCUUGCGAAGCUCCACGAGCUAUAG